AUGAGGAAAAUUAGGUAUACAAGAAUACUCAUUAGGAAAAUAAAUUCUUUAGUGGUUGAUGAAUUGAAUAAAACAAUUAUUUAUUUCCUUUUCUUAUUCUUUGUAUUUUUACCAGAGACUUUCUUACUAGCUUUUUUACUCUUCUUCUUUAUCUCAGAUAUAUUGUGCUCUGAAGAUGUAUUUUGAGUGUCUUCUAAAUAUUGAUUAAUUUCAAGGUGUUUUAUACACCUCCCUUCUAUCUCAAAACUUUCUCUCCUCAGUAACCAUAAUCCAGCACUAAUAUUAAUCUUCCUUCCAUCCACCCUAACAGAUACCACCUUUCUUCUUCCCCACUACUCAAUCAUUACCCUCCUACCACCCCUUUUCUACCCAUACUCCCUUCUUCCACCCACUAGUCCCACAAAACUCCUACUCUAAAAUCCCCCUCUAAACCAUCAGCCUCCAUCUCUCCUUCAUUUUCUCUUCCUCUUCAGCCACUUGGCUCAAUAAUUCUAAGUCUUAUCCUUAAUAAUUCCUGGCAACCACAGAAACUGUGGUUGCACCCUCCCCCAACCUGAGGGUGGUGCUGGGAUUUUUGGAAUAAGGCCUUGGCAUCUAGGUUUUGGGAAGGUACUGAAGAAUUGUUCAUUUAAUUUCUGAGAUUUGGCGCUUUGUUCAGGAGUGUCAGGGACGAAGAAUCUGGAAGGAUCGGCUUUGAUUUGUUUGGCCAUAGUAUCUGCAGCUCUUUCAAACAUGUCCAUGACUCUGUUUGUUGCCGGAAGAUCUGAUGAGCCAAGAAGUGAGCCAGCUGCUGGGUUUUCUGGAGGGAGAGGAGGGCCGAAAGGAAUAAAGUUCGAAAAAGGCGGUAUUUGAGAGGUGGAAGUGCAGCUAUGAGUCGGAAGUUGAGCGGGGGUUGGAUUUUGAGUGGUUGUUUGGGAGUUUUUGUUACUGAUAGUGCUUGUUUCUUUCUGGGUUUUCUCUUGAUGGUGAGUUAUUUCAGCCUGUUUUUUAUGGAUGAGUUUAGUUUUCUCUUCGAUAUCUUUGGUCUUUUGGAUAAUUUCUGUUUCUUUUUGGGAAAUGAGCUUAUCCUUCUGUUGGCAGAGUUUCUUUAUGUCUUGUAGUUCUUUAAGAACGAUUUCGUGUUCAGAUUUGUCAACACUAAGGUUUGGUUUCUCUGAUUCAUUUUUUGAGCUCUCUUUCGGCUUCUUUUUAGCUUCUUGGUCACAGAAAUUCAUGUAAUUAGAUUGCCUGUUGUAUUCUGAAAAUAAUUUGGAAUUUAGGAUUGAGCUCAACAACUCUUUUGCUUGGAUAUGAAUGUAUGGAAUCUUUCUCCAAUUGUUUUCAGCUUCUGCUGUUUCUAAAUCAUCUUUAAGCUGGAUAUUGUUUAUAGUAAAUUCUUCUAGACCUGGGAGCAACUUUUGCCAGAAUUUAUCAAGAUUAUGAGCUUCUUUAAAAGUGUCAAUCUUUGCUAAACUGUAUUCAGAUAAGUUUAUGCAAUCUAGAACAAUUUCAGUAGCAGGUAUCUUUAUUGCCUCUUCGUCAACAUAAAGAUUAAGUGCACACCUCUUGCAUGCAAAAAUAUCUUCAUCUAAUAUAUUAUCAGGAGUAGACUUUAUCAGAUAUGCAACCACCCCACAGUCAUUCCUAACCUCACAUUUAGGAAGCCUCAUGC